GCCGGCGCUGCAAACCAACGGCGGCCCCCCAGAAAUGUCGAGCCCUCUGCACCGGAGCCGGCGACCGGUGCUCCGCUUAGGGCGCGCCUCUCCUCCCCUCUGCACUGCCGGACCACUGCCCAGGUAACCUGUUCCAGAUCCCUCCAUCCCGUAGGUAGCAUUCUAACGAGGCGCAGAUUCUAGAUCACAUCCAGAUGUGUUCGUACGCAUGAGAUUCAGUUGUGGUUUCGCAGUUCUGGAUGCUGUAGAAUGUCACGCGCAAGUACCUUCUUGUCAAAUUCAUCAUCUGUUUGUUUUGCUGAAUGUCUUAACGAUUCCUCUGCGGCAUUUUCUUCAAAAAAAUUCCUCUGCCUCUAACAAAGCAAUUGUAAGCUACUUAUGUAGUUUUGUUCUACUCCAUCUGUCAAUCUUUAGCGAAAGAUACCUCCAUCUCGUAGGUAGUUUUCUCUUUAAAUCCACGAGCAAAGAAUCGAUUUCUGUCUUUAGCGAAAGCUAAAGGUAACCCUCUCGAUGAAAGAGAAAAGGCAAAGCAAACGGUAAAGAUGUUAGUGCUUGCUUCUUCUUUUUUAUGUCUACAAGGCAUUUUUGUACACACAAACACAACAACGAAGCACCCCAAAUACUUCAUCUCAUCAUGUAGCAUGUCCCUUUUUCGCUCUCCAUCUGUCAAUCUUGUAGUGGCACCUGAAUGAUCUAUUUACCUUCUACUAAGGAGCUAUAUACAUACUCUCCACAUUGUGCCAACUAUUCUCCAAGGUAUGCAACUAGCUCAGCUUACACCUGUGCUCAAUCUGCUUUACCUGCUUCUCAAGAUUUAUAGUAUAAGCUAGCUUUAUUUGUUGCUCCUGCUUGUAUAUCAAUGUAUAUAGGAGCCAACCCAACCUGUUUGAGGAGUUAAUCGGGAGACUUCUAUGAACAACUGAUGGGCAACGAUAGUCCAAAAAUGGAAUUAAUCUAGAGGCUAGAGGUUGCCAGAUGCUACAAAUUCGCCAUAUGCAUACGGAAGUAUUUUUACACUUAGCAAUCACCUUUUGUUCCAUUCUGCAUGUUAUCCUUGGAUAAAGUGUUGUAUAUAAUAAUGCCACUACUUUCAUUAGUUAAUUGCAUCAUGCAUGUGUUGCCUUGCCCAUAGCAUCUUUUUACAUAAACCAUUACUAUGUAUCUAGCUAAUUUGAACUGGUGAUCACUGUCCUCAUCGCUUCAGAUGUGCAUGCACGUUACCAGGGCAGGCACCAUUGAUAAAUCCAUGGAAGGAAUUCUCGAUGAACUCAAGGAUACUAGAACAAAAGAAAAUUUCUUCUAAUUUGAUGGCUGGGACAGGCUGGGGGCAUCUGCUGGCCUGAGAGAUGUAGUUUUAGUUUAUUUACAUUAUUGGAACGUUGCAUGUGCGCGGUCACUAGUUACCCCUGUAGAUGCUCUUAAUUAUCUCUGCCUGUUUUGUUGUUUUGUCAAGUAUGAUUUUGGAAAUUCACAAGGGUUUUUCGACUUUGUGCCGUCAUACCUGCGCUAGGCUGUCAACAUUGUGGAAGGUUGGAUGGAUGUCGCGCAUUAUGGGCUGGGAGCCUGGGAUGGGCCAUGCUCCUCUGACAUUCCCACACCUUGAAGAUAUGGCUGCCAGUCGAUCUGAAUCUCCAACUAUGACAAUGCACUACGCCGUCCCUCUGCAUCUCUACCGAUGCUGUUGCAUACCACGGUGGUGGUAGUCUCGCCUCCAAGCUGAACCAACCGCAGCCCCAAAGAUGGCACCGGCGCCACCGGCCGAGCCCUAUCUUUCUGUUACCUGGUGCACCUCCUUGCUCACUGCUAUAGCUUCUAUAUUCCCAGUUGUUUCAUUCGCCGGAAUUAAUUCUUCACUCAGUUUCUUCGUGAUAGAUACUACCACUAUUGGAAACUGGAAUUUGCCCCCAUUUCUUGACCUCCUCAGUGGUUUGAUCACAGAGCUCCCUCCUGGAGUAAAUCAAUCUUACAAUUCUCUUCUGCGAUGUCCACAUUUGCAACUUAUUACACUGGAAGCACAGAAACAGUACUCCCUCCGAUCCAUAAUAAGUGUCUUGGAUUCAGUACAACGAUCCAUAAUAAGUGUCUAGGAUUUAGUACAAAGUUGUACUGAAUCCAAGACACUUAUUAUGGAUCGGAGGGAGUACAACUUAACAGAGGCACACAUGAUACACACUGUCCCUUCCUAGUCCUAAUUGUUGAAGUCCUUGUGGUUUUUAGUGAAGGCUUUCUACAACUCAAAUCUGGAGGUUUUCCAUGGGAUCGCUUCAAUGUGGAUGGUGAAAAGGAACACAAGUUUUUCAAUUAGCAGGAAGAGCCAACGGCCUUGCAAUAUAAUAUGUGUAUCUUUAAAUCCUGCAUCUAACCAGCUACAAGCAAAGGAUUGAUUUCUUCUUUUGGAACUUAAACAAUUGAUUUCUGUCUUUAGCUAAAGCAAAAGGUAACCCUCACAAGGAAUGCAAAAAAAUGGAAAGCAGAAGGUUAAGAAUAGAACCACUUAGCUUGCUUUUAUUCUGUCUAAGGCAUUUGUGAACACACACAAGAACGAAGCACCCUAAAUAUUUCAUCACAGCAUGUAGCAUGUCCCAUCUUUCCCUCUCCAAUCCGGCCGUCUUAUACUAGCGCCUGAAUGGUGUAUUUGGCAUCUAUCUGGCUAUAGAGUCUCUACAUAGUACCACUUAUUCAACAUAGCCAAGAACCAAUCGACAACCAGCGGUCGAGAAAUUAAUCUGGAGAUUAUUUACGAGGAACCAAUCAACGACCGGUCGAGAAACUAAUCUGGAGAUUGUUAAUGGGCUGACCUGAUCGAUGUUAACACUUAAAUGGAAUUAAUCUAGAGGCUUGAAAUUGACGGAUCCAGCCAAUCCAUCAUGCGUACAGAGGUUAUCAAGGCAGACACCAUUGAUGGGGCCGUUGAAGGAAUUCUCAGUGAACUCAAUAGAAGUAGAGAGAACAUCAUCUACUUUGAUGGCUGGGACGGGCUGGGGGCAUCUGCCGUCCUGCAAGCCGUAGCUCAACGACUGAAACUAAAGGAACCGACGAGGCCUCCGGGACUGGAAUUCGAGCACGUCAUCCACAUCGACUGCUCAAAGUGGGAAAGCACAAGAGCUGUGCAAAGGGAGAUCGCAGAGCAGCUGAAGCUUCCCAGUCGGGUGAUGGAGAUGUUUGACAAGCAAGACGAGGAGGAUGAUUUCAAUGGGGUUACUGAUCGAAGCUCUCGCAUGGAGAUAGCAGAGGUCACGGCGGAGAUCCAGAGGAGAAUUGAGGGCCACAGGUUUUUGCUGGUUCUUCAUAACGGAAGCAGUGAGGAGAUUGACAUAACUGAUCUUGGUCUUUCUGUAUAUGGGUAUCUGAGGAGCAAGAUGUUAUGGACGUUCCAAGGGAGGUUUCGGAUCAACUCCAAAAUUAGAGACGAGGUAGUGAAGAGGAAUACAACAGAUGUUCUUCUCUCAGCUUCACGCUCUAAGCGAGAUCUUCAAGAGUUGUGGUCCUAUCUACUGCGUGAAGAGGCUACACAAGUUGUUUGCAAGCAUGGCAUUGAUCCUGCAAUAGCUGCCGAGUGCUUCCUGUAUAUCUUCACACUAAAUUGCAUCCAUGGCCAUCAUGCCGACACUGAGUAUGAUUUGUCGAAACAUACUUGCAACUAUUGGGUAUGUGAUGGGAUCAUACAGCAAGUCUCAGACAUUGAUGAAGCUUGGCAAGUCGGUGAUGCUCUGCAGGGCGAGAUGCGGUUGGAUAAAGAAAACCACAUGAAGGAAUUGCCCUUUGACUUGGUAAGGCGUGCUGCUGAAAGCAUACCGCACUGGUCUUCACCGGCUAAUGGAUUUCUGGUGGUUCCGGCUGGAGUCAUUCCCAAAGGAAUGUUUCAACAUUUUGACAAGCUUUGUGUGCUAAAACUCUCAAGUUGUACCUUCAGUUUUUCAUCACCUCCAUUUCUCUGCUGUCACAUCCUUAGAUUUCUAUGGCUUGACCACUGCCAAGACCUAAGAAGCUCGGAUGCAGAAAAGAAGGAAGAGGACGAGGACACAACUAGGAUGUGGGCCUGCUUCCAAAGCUUGUGGGUGCUUGACAUGCGGUACACAGAUUGGGAUCAGAUCUUGUCAGCACAGACUAUGGAUCUCAUGACCCAGGUCAGGGAGCUAAACGUGAUGGGAGCCAAGAACUGGGACAUGAGCCAUUUACAGGGACGGCUGCGUAACAUUCGCAAGCUGCGGGUAACAAAGUCCACCUGUUGCUUCAGUAACAACGUGUUCCCCGAGAUGGAAAGCAUGGAGCUUCUUGAAUUUUCUGGAAAUACCAUCAGACAAGGCAUGCCAAGUUUAUCUGGAGCAGCAAGCAACAGUAACCUUAAGACUGUUAUUAUUGAUGGAUGUGAUGGGUUAGAAGUUAUCUCUUUGCAGGGCUGCAAAGAAUUGAGUAACCUGUUCUUCAAAGGAUUGUUUGAGAGUGUCAAGGAGCUGGACCUUUCAGGCACAAAAGUGAAAACCCUCAACCUUAGAGAAGUGGGAGCCAUCUCACUCCCCGAGCGGAUCAUCCUGCUAGGCUGCGAGGAGCUCCAUGCGAUAUUGUGGCCACAAGAUGGACAAGGAUGGGAUGGUUUGCUGCUUAUUGACACCACCUCAACACCAGCAUCAGCUGAUGGUUCCCUCGGGCAGCAGAAAGAAAAAAAGUUGAAGGGUGGAUGGCAGAUUUCUCUUACGGAUACAAGGCUCCUUAGGUCGCUUUCUCCUGUAGCAAGUUACUUAACACCGAUUGUACAUAUUGAUAUCAGUUCUGAAGCCCCUAUUGUCCAAGGAACAAGCAGCGAGCAACUAGUGCAAGUCCAACAUACAGGCGCCACGGUGGACUCCAAUUAUAGAGAUGUCUUGAAGCAUGGCCCAGUUACAGAAAUGAUGAUGUGGGACUGUCCCGAGAUGCCAGUGGGGUCAUCCUCAUGUUUCAUAGAAGUGAUCAUGCGUGGGGGGAAGGGCAAGGAACUCUUGGAGGAUGCUCCAAGUGCUUGCACUAGUGCUUUACUGUUGCCAGAUUUUGUAUGUGAGCAGGUUACAUCGCUGCACGUGUACAAUAACUCGUCCAUCACCAGUAUUCCUGUACCACCCAGUGGAUCAGGAUGGAAUUUUCUAUUUUGGUGCCAGGUGGAGAGGUGCCCCAAGUUACACACAGUCUUCACUGUUCCCCAGGGCAGUAGUGUGGACAGCUUUCGGCGUCUGAAGACAUUCUGGGCAUCACAGCUCCUGACGACAUGCUACAUCUGGGACUGGACAGUUUUUGUAACAUCUCAUACCUUUCGACGCCUGAAGUUUUUGCACCUGGACUACUGCCCGAGGCUCAUACAUGUGCUCCCCAUACAUAAAAGCUCCUUGUCCGGACUAGAGACUCUAGAGAUAGUGUACUGCAGUGAUCUCAGGGAGGUUUUCCCAUUGAGCCCUGAGCUUCAAGAUCAGGAUAAAAUUAUACAAUUUCCCGAGCUGAGGCGCAUCCACCUGCACGAGCUUCCCACGCUGCAGCACAUCUGUGGGCGCAGGAUGUACGCGCCUAAUCUCGAGACAAUCAAGAUCAGGGGCUGCUGGAGCCUCUGGCGCCUGCCGGCCAUCGGACGCGACAGCAAGCCGCCCAAGGUGGACUGCGAGAAGGAUUGGUGGGACAAUCUGGAGUGGGACGGGGUGGAGAAGUACCACCACCCUUCCCUCUACGAGCCGAGCGACUCAAAGUACUACAAGGCCAAGCUGCCAAGAGGCAGCCUGCUCAGGUAAUCAGCUUCCGUCCAACUGCGCACAUGUAAUUCGAUCAUGCAGUCCUGCCUGCACAACUUAAGAUCUCCGGCCGUGUGUGUUGCUUGCCUGCAUUUUAGCUUGAUUGAUUUGUGAGUUCUCUUCAUCUGCAUUGCCAUGGUAUGGCGUUGCACCUUCCAGAUUGGUUUGGCUUAUCGAGCAAAUGAGAAAUAAAGCAGAGCAGGCAUUAUUCAGCUUAUAUAUGCAAGAGUACCCCUGAGUGCUCAUGUUGUUGCCCCUGCUCCUAUGUGCGUCUGUUUUGGUGUGGAUUGUCAGCUGUGGGCUGAUUGUAAUUUGUAAGCAUAAAUGACGAUGAUUGUGUAUGUGCUGUUGUUUGUUAUGUAUGAAUAAUCAGCCUUGGACUAAUUGUGAUUUGUAAGCAUAAAUGAUGACUUUGUGUGUGGUUUCUUUGGUCUGCUCUAGUCUGAAAGCUUAUGCGAUAAUUAUUGAUGAGAGUAUUCAUGAUA